AUUUUCGUUCGAUUCAAUUCCCCGAGCUUCGCCCAAAACGAAUGAAAUAGAAAGAGAGAGAAGAAAAUACUAAAUUCACAAAACAAAGACAUCACUCAAUAAGAGGCAGCCGCAUCCAGGUUACCCUUCAAGAAGAUUCGAUAGGAACAAACUAACCCUUCUUUCUGCACAACUCAACCCACCCUACUCGUACCCUCACUACAGCAAUAACUUAAUCACCACCAGCCUCUUGUAACGAGCCGACCCAACUCUUCUCCUCUCCUCUUCCCCCUUCUCUGCCCCCCCCCCCCUUCAACUGGUCUAUCGUCUACACUUUAACUUUCCACCUCUACCAAAUAUGUCUUUACCAACCACCAUUCCUGAAGGUAUGCCUCUCCCACAUGCCCCGCUGUGGCUUUCCCCGCCGAUAACCCCCACCUUGAACAACAAGUCCGUGGGGGGGUCUUCUAAUCAAUCGCAAUAUGCAUACCCCCAACGGAACUGUUCUAGUCACUUUCUUCCACUGCUUGGAAAAAGCUCUUAUCCAUAUAUAACCGAGGAUGACUUAUGCUGACACGAUGCAGUUCUUUGGGCCCAGCGUUCCCACGAGGAAGAUGGCACCAAAAACAUCAUCUAUCUCACUAUAACAGCACCAGACUGUCCCCCGGACUCUGUUGAAUUGCAACUUGAGCCAACGAAGGUCCACUUCAAAGGAAGCAGCAAAAUUAAAACUUUCGCUUUGGAUCUAGAGCUCUAUGCGGAGAUUGAUGUCGAUAACUCGAAGCAACACUUGAGUGCCCGAGGCGUUGAACUUGUCCUUCGUAAGAAGGAAUUUAAGGCGGAAUUUUGGCCAAGACUUUUGAAGGAAUCCAAGAAGGCACAUUACCUUAGAACCGAUUUUGAUAAGGUUUGUUGAUUGGUUUAAUUGCUUCGAUUAUAUCCGGCCCGAUGUUAACUGGCCGAUCUGUGAUUAGUGGGUCGAUGAGGAUGAGCAAGAGGAUGAGGCAUCUGGUUUUUCUGAUAUUCCCGGCGGUGGUGCUCAAUUUGGCGGUGGUGAGGAUUCUGGCGGUUUCGGUGGCAUCGACUUUUCGAAGCUCGGAAACAUGGGAGGUAUGGAAGGCAUGGAUAUGAGUGCCCUCCAAGGCCUCGAAGGAAUGAACGCUGCCUCCGGUGGUGCCGAUGAUAAUGGCGAUGUGAGUUUCCUAGAUUUAAGAACCGCUACGAAUAAACUAACUCUCCCCAGGACGACAUGCCAGAGCUUGAAGACAGUACCCUCGAGAAGUCUGAGGCUGCUGAGGCUACUCUCGCUACUGAGGAGGCUCCCGAGGCUACUGCUCCCGCCGCUGAGGGUGAGACAUCCCCAGGAAUUGAGGAGAUCUCGGAGGACAAGAAAUGAUUGUACCACGGAGUUUCUCCAUGAGAAGUAUCGGCAUCAAUUGCCAAAAAAAAAAAGUUACAAUGCCUUGAAUUCAGAGUGUGGAAUUAAUGCAUAAGCGAUUCUGCCAAUCAACGUGCUUCCCCCGUGGUAUAUCGUAAGGGCUGUGGGGUUUUUUGUAUUUGAGGGUAAUUACGCGUGCACAGGUUAUUAUUUGUCUUGAACCUGCCCAUUCCCAUGCAGGUAUUAGGAGCUAUCAUUGAUGGAAGAGUAAGAUGACUUGAUGGAAAGCUGGUAGUAAGCCUUCUGCGAUUACUUCUCGAGUACGGUAAUCUCCAAGGACCAGUGGGUAACUUAGGUGAAUUAUCGUAUCAUAGGAAAAAGAAAAGAAAACAGUGUAGUCCAGUUGAACAACCCCUCUUCAGGCAUCCACAGCUCCUCACUUUCCUUUAAAGGCCACCCCGACCCCACCACGGAAUCAAGAAAAGAAAAGAAAAAAAGAGUAAAAGCUCCUCGUAAAUGCAGCACAAAUCCACCCCGCCUCGUGAACAAGGAAAUUUUCACUCAAACCCAGGCGCAAUGCCGAAAAAGAAAAAGAAAAAGAGAAAGCACACAUCUAGAGAGCACCCGGGAAAAGGGGGAUGGCAUUUAUGUGAUUCGGGUGCUUCCAUAGCUCUUCAGAUUGCUAUCGCCAUCGCCUUCGAGAGCUUGAGUUUCUUUACGAAGUGCACUGAGGUCGAAGGAGCCGUCCUCCUCGCCAGAGGAUUCUUCGUCUUCGCUGUCGUUUCUCCAAUCGCCCUUCUCGAACAGUGCCCUUCCGGUUGCUUCUUUUGCCCUCCGGGCUUCCUCCUCAGCCUCCUUCUUGGACAUACGUUCGGAUUUCCAUUUUUUGAAGGUCUCUUCGGUUACGGGGGUCAGUGCACCAGUGAGUUCAUGUCUAAGCGUUGUCAGCACCCGUAAACACUAUAAUGAAGAGGAAAGGGGAAAAAGUGGAGCAGCUUCCUACCGUCGAGCUUCUAGGAAGUCUUCCAAUGUAAGUGUUGCCAGAGGAGACUUGUCCAUCAAUGCUUUUUCCGCAGCUCUCUGCUCCUUUGUCUUUAGGACGAAGCCAGGAGGCAACGAAUGUUUAUAUUUGCAAUCAUUACCACCAUUUGGACCUAUAACUAUUAGCUCUCCGUUACAUUGCUUUUCCGACAAAAAAAAAAAAAGAGAAAAAGAUUAGCAGGACUCCAUACACUGCCAGAACCACCCAUACUUUCCGUUCUCCACUGCCUCAAUAAAAUGCUUGCAAACCUUAUCAGUAGUGGUCUUCGGAUUCCCGUGCUUGCUCAAGACAACACUGCGUAGUUUCUCCUCGUCCCAGUUAUCGCUCGUCUCUUCCUUCUUCUUCUCGUCCUCUCCUUCCUCCCCUCGGGAAUCCUCGUAAAGAUUCUUCUUCUGCGACUUGCGUUCAAUACUCAGGUCGUGAGAGAACUUGCACUUGCGGCCCUUCUCGCAGUUGCCAUUCUUGUAGUAGACACAUAGCACGCUCUUGGGGUCCACGCCGAAGGGAACCUUCUGGGUUUGCACGGGUUUGAAAAGUUCGGCAACUUCCUUCUUUGCCGCCUCGGCCGCUCUCUUCUCCGCUUCCCGCUGGGCUUUUUCCGCCUCUUUGCGUUUCUGCUCGGGGGUGCCGGACGCGGAGGCUUGUGAAGUUAACUGUGCUAUUUGUUUUUGGGCUUUUCCACCUUUUUUCUGCUCCUCGUCAGAUGGCUCCAAUUUCGUCUAAGGGUAAAAUAAAAUGUUCGGGUGGGUAGUUGAAGACGACGCACGUUCUUGAGGCCGAAUGUCUGGACGUGGAGAGUUUUAGCUUCGUGAUGUUUUCCAUGGUACCAGGAGACGGGGACUUGCCUUGUCCUGAACCACUUUCUGGACGGAGGGUUUAGCGUUCUUGCCCUCUUUCUUUGGUGGCAUUGGUACUAUCUUUUCUCCAGUUCACGACGGUGGACGUAUCUAUCUAUCUGUGCGAGGUGGUGGUCGUGCUGCAGCGUGCGUUGCUCGGAUGUCGAAAGUUCGGCCUGUAGAACAACUUGUGUCAAAGUGGGUUCGAGAUGCUUGGCAGGUUUUGGAGUGGAGGUUCUUGGUUGCCCCUACCGUAGGAAUGGGUGGUAUCAUAAAGCAGCGGCUGAUUUGGUAACAGUGACCGGAUGGAGAGUACGGCCGCUUAGGUUUUUGUGAGUACGGUAUUGAAGGUGGUGGGAAUCUCAAUGAUGAAUCUUGCGAGCGCUGUGGGGGGCACUUGCACACACAAAGACUAACUAUAGGGAGCACCGUAUCCUGUGUCGGGGCCUCUAUCGGUGCCCCCGCUGCACAGAAUCCUCGCGCCCAAGAUGUACUUAGGUACAGUUGCGUCCGUGAUCACAUCCUAUAUACUAGUAGACGAAGGUAGGAAGCUACCACGGCUCACCAGGCUAUCUCACCGUGGCGUAGGAAUGAUUUGCCUCGCUAUAUUGUCGCCUUUAUAAGGUGCCUAUGCUUCAAUCUGAUAUGGUCAGGUUUACCCUGAGCAUCGCCGUGUGUCAUUGCAACCUUGUCACACACCGUAACUUGCUACGAGGAAUGGU